UAAGAUCGAAGCGGCAGCUAGGUAUUAGUGAAAAUUUUUUCGGCGACUGAAUUUUGCAGGUCGUUGACUAAUUGUAUUUAUAAUUUUUUUUUAAUCGAUUUAUUAGAAGUUUCAUACAUUUCGACCGUCAUGUCUGUUUUAAUUCAGUGCUCAAAGCACAUACGCACAGCGUACAAUUUAGGCCGCCAUAGGAUUAGCAACACAUUAAUAUCAAAUACGAAUUCUCAUAUUUCCCAAAAAACAUUUCCAGAAACCAACAAUAAUGGAAGUAUUCCAUAUCGCAAUACAAAUAUACUCCCAAAUCGGUCAUUUUUUUCAUCAGCUAUUCAUCAAAACUCGUCACUUAACAAAAUUGAUGAAUGUAUUAAAAAACUUGAUUUUGAUUUAAGACGAAUGGGACGUAUUUCGAAGAGGGAAAUUGAAGAGAUUCUUAAUGAAAUUCAGAUUUCUAAAGCUGCCACUCCAUCACAGUCAUUAAUGGUCCUUCGAUGUUGUGGUAACUUCGUACCUGAUGAAUUGCCUGAAAAUCGAACAAUAUUAGUUCAAAAAAUAUGGCAAGCUAUAAAUAAAAUCGGUGUUCCUCUGGAUAUAAGUCAUUACAACACAUUGCUGAAAGUAUAUUUGGAAAAUAAUUAUGUAUUCUCCCCAACUGAAUUUUUGGAAAAUUUGGAGAAAGCAGAUAUUACACCUAAUCGUGUAACUUUUCAACAUUUAAUCACAGGAUAUUGCCAAAAUGGUGAUAUUGCUGGGGCUAGUCGCAUAUUAGAAUAUAUGCGUGAUAAACAGCUACCAAUCAACAAAAUAGUUUUUAAUGCUUUAGUCAUGGGUCAUUCACAAAAUAGUGAUAUGGAGAGUGCUGUAGGUGUUUUAAAUGUUAUGAAAGAAUCAAAUCUAGAACCCACAUCAGACACAUAUACAUUAUUAGCUUCAGGGUAUGCUAAAAAUGGUGAUAUUGGUAAAUUAAUAGAUGUUUUGGACACCUGUGAUAAUAAGGAAAUAUAUUUAAGUGACAAAGAAUAUCUAGAUAUCGUAUAUUCAUUGGCAGUCAAUGGUCAUAGUGAUAAAAUCGAUCAAAUAUUGGCUAGAAUUCCAAAAACCUCUGGAUAUAAUCAAGAUGCUAUUAAUUGUAUUUAUAAAUUAGUCACUUGUGGCCAUGAAGAAAUUGCAUUUAAAAUAUUCGAUACAAUGACAAAACCAUUAAAGGCUGAUGGAACUUCUCCACCAAUUGGCCGUUUCUUGAUUGGACAUCUUACAAAAGUUAAUAGUUCUUUGGAUAAUGUUAUUGGGUUUUGCAAGAAGUUAGUAUCUGAAGGGUCAAAUUCUAAAGCAUUUGAAAUUGCAACUGAAAUGGCAUUGAAAAAUGGGUCAGUUGAUAUAGCAUUAGGCAUGUUUGAGUAUUUGAAAGAAAAUGGGCAACCUAUUAGACAACAUUACUUUUGGCCAAUUUUAGUUGCUAAAGAUAAACAAAAUGAUUUGCAAGGAUUAAAAAAUGUGCUGAGUAUUAUGGUUAACAAGUAUGAAUUAAACCCUAAUAUCGAUACCCUUCGGUAUUAUGUUUUACCAACAAUGUUUAAAAAUAAUUUGGAUGGAACAAAAAUCAUCAAUGAGUUGCAAUUGUUGGGUAUACCUUCAGGCACUACUACACAUUCAUUAGUGUUGUAUUUACUGUCUGAAAAAAAGAUUCGUUUAGCGGCAGACAUUGCUGCUACUAGCCGUGCUUUCUAUGUUCCUUCUUUAAUUCGCCGUCCUUUAGUUAAUGCAUUUUUAGCUGGUAAUGAUAUAACAUCAUUAAUUAUAUUACUCCAACAAAUUUGCAAUGGAUUUUCGCGAUACUCUCUUGUAACUGCCCCUGAAUUGUCAAAACAAGACAAAUUUGAUAAAAACUCGAUUCAUACAGAAGACCAAAUCACUGAAAUGCGAGAAUUCAUCAGUCAAGUUCUAAUUGACSUUGUGCGAAGUUUAAAACAGACUUCAGGAGUUGUGGAAAUUGUUCAUGAAUUAUUAGAAAACAUGUAUGGAAAAGGCUUGGGAAUUAAUUCUUAUGCAUCAGAACAAGUACAAAAUCUUCUACAAGGAAAAUUAACAUUUGAAAUAACAAGUUUAUUAGAAAAUUUAACAGAUUCUAAUUUAGUGCUUAAAGCUGAAUUGAGUGCCAAGCCAGGAGGUUAUACAUUAUCUAAUGUAGAUGAAAGUACAUUGGAAAACAUCAUUAGCAAAGCAGAAGCCUCUGGUGAAGCUAAAAACGGAACUAAAAGACAAUUAUUAAAUUUGUAUUGUAAAAAUAACAAUUUUGAAAAAGCUUCUGCAUUUAAAGAUAAAUUAAUAGCUGAAGGAUUUAGUAUACCACCUGGAUCAAUGGUUUUACUUAUUGAUAUGUACUUAAAUCACAAUAAACUGGACGAAGCAAAACAAAUUUUACAUGAAUUAAAAACUAAUAGUUCUGAAUUUACCUUAGACAAAUUUAAGGUUGUUAAAAUGGCGGAAUUGAUAGCUAAAACUGAUGGUAUUGAAAACGCUAUAGAUUUUCUAUCUUCACUUAAACAAUUUGAUGAUAAUACUGAGUUUACAUCAUUUCAACAUGCCAAUCUUUGUUGGAAAUUAUUAAAUACUGUUGCUGAAAGUGGCAAUGUAGAAAAUCUUCAAAAAAUAUUUGAUUUACUUAUCAAGAAUAACUACAUUACUGUUUCAAAUAUACUUUUAGGACCAUUAAUCAAAGUUCAUAUUGUCAACAACGAUAUUAAAGGAGCUCUGGAUAAAUUUGAAUGGUGUUGCAAGACAUACAGAUGUACUCCAUGGAAAAACGAAUUAGCUUUAAAGUUUAUUCAAGCAGAAGAUGCUAUUUCCUUACAAGUGUUAACUGACUUAAGUACUACUGUACAUGGUGAAGUAAAUUCUCUGUAUGAUCUUAUGUUUGCAUUUAUUGAAUGUGGGCGUGUCAAACAAGCCCGUAAAAUUUUGGAAACCCCAGGUUUACGAACUAGACAAGAUCGUAUUAAUUCAGCUUGUGCCAAAUAUGGAUUGGAUAAUGAUGAAAAAUCCCUCAUUCGUUUACUAGAAGUUACAAAAAACAUUGGUCAAUUUGACAGGACUAAUAUAUUUAAUGAACUCCUCCAGUUAUACAGUAAAAAUAAUAGAGUAGAAGAAGCAAUGGCUCUUUGGACUCAAAUGCAAGAAGAAGAUUGCCAACCAUCAGAAAAUUUCAUGUGGUCUUUAAGCCAGCUUUUAAAGAAAAAUGAACUCGAAGUUCCAUUUACAGUUAAGAAACCAAAACAAAAUGUUUCAGUUGUCCCUAGUGAYGUUAACAAAACUUUAUCUACUGAUCUUGAGUCAUGUAUCWAUARUAAUAACAUCACUCAAGCUCUUGCGUUACGUAAAACUUUACGAUCCAAAGGAUAUAAUAUUAACUCCUCACUUGAAUCUAAAAUUAUUGAGUUGUUAACUCGUGAAAAAAAAUUGAAUGAAGCAUUUGAAAUUGCUAAAGACAUGUUGGAAAAUAAUAGACCAAUAACAAAAAGUAUAUUAAAUUUUUUGGUAAAAAAUCUUUCAGCAGCUGGCCACACAAGAAGUUUAGAAUAUCUUAAUGAAAAAGUUACCAAGGUUAUGAGCAGUAAAUUGAAUUUGAACAACAAAAUAUUUAAUGCUUAUCAAGCAAAUGGUAAUGUUAAUGACUUAUUAGUUCGUUUGGAAACUGAUAUCGAUGAAAGAUUAAAUGAUACAAAUAAAUUAUCUGAAUUYAUAAAGAAUGUGCCAGGUGGUAAUUUAGUGAGCAUCUUAAAUAAAGACUCAUMUUUCAUACCAAUAAUUGAAAGAUUACACACCAAAAUCUCACCACAUGGUUAUAAAGUGUUUGCAAAUAGUUUGUGGUCUCAUUUCAUGUUGAAUAAAAUGUUUGAUGAGGCUUCUAACAUCGCCAAAGAAUUAGAAAAUGAAAAGUUUAUUCAGUAUCGACAAUUACUAGCUGAUAUUCGGAAUAACAACAAUAUUGAGUUGGGCUAUAAGCUCUUAGAGGUUAUACCAACUUUUAAGGAAGUCAAUCAGAAUGCAAACCUAGGGUUAAUUUAUAGUGCUAUAAUUGAUUCUUAUGUUAAUCAAAACAACGUCAUUGAAGCUAGCCAAGUAUUGGAUAAGGCUUUAGAAAAAAUUACACUUGCAGAUAUAAACAAAUCGGCUGUAUUAAGAAUUAAAAAAAAUUUUGAUUCCCUGGGAGAAAMAUUUAAAUACGACACAGAUAUUUUAGAAAAGAAAAACUUCAAGAGUUCAAAUAUUCAUAGUGACGAUUCUAGUGAUUCAUCUGAUGAUGAAAAAGUAGCUAAAGUCUAAACAAAWUAUUUUAAGUGUUUACAAAGUAGUAUAUUCCUUCAUUAUAAAUUGUGUUAUUGUAUUUUUUGUCAUGUAAAUAUAUUUUAACUAAUUAAAAGUCCUAAAUUG